AUGUCGUCCGCUGCUUCUUCGGCCUUGCGUGCCUCUCUUCUUCGCUCCUCAGCCUCGUCUCGCUCUGCUGCUGCUGCUGCUGCUGCUGCUCGCCCGGCCUUCAGCAACCUCCGUGCCUCGCCCGUCUCUGUCUCUGCUCGCGCCGCUCCUGUCUACGUCUUUUCCCAGCAUUUCAUCAGUCGCCGCACCAUGGCUACCGACGCCCCCAUCAAGAAGAUCAAGGUCAAGAACCCCAUCGUCGAGCUCGAUGGCGAUGAGAUGACCCGCGUCAUCUGGAAGGACAUCAAGGAGAAGUUCAUCUACCCUUAUCUGGAUGUCGAUCUCAAGUACUACGACCUGGGCAUCGAGUACCGCGACCAGACCAACGACCAAGUCACCAUUGAUGCCGCUGAGGCCAUCAAGAAGUACUCGGUUGGCGUCAAGUGCGCCACCAUCACCCCCGAUGAGGCUCGUGUGAAGGAGUUCAACCUUAAGCAGAUGUGGCUCUCGCCCAACGGCACCAUCCGUAACAUUCUGGGUGGCACCGUCUUCCGUGAGCCCAUCGUCAUCCCCCGCAUUCCUCGCCUGGUUCCGGGCUGGAAGAAGCCCAUCAUCAUUGGUCGCCAUGCCUUCGGUGACCAGUACCGGGCCAAGGAUACCGUCAUCCCCGGCCCCGGCAAACUGAAGAUGGUCUACGUCCCUGAGGGCGGCGAGCCCCAGGAGAUUGACGUCUUCGAGUUCAAGAACGGCGGUGGUGUUGCUCAGACUCAAUACAACACUGACGAGAGCAUCCGCGGCUUCGCCCACGCCAGCUUCAAGCUCGCUUUGGAUAAGGGCCUGCCCCUGUACAUGAGCACCAAGAACACCAUCCUGAAGCGCUACGACGGCCGCUUCAAGGACAUCUUCCAGGAGCUGUACGACAACGAGUACAAGCCCCUGUUCGAGGCCAAGGGUAUCUGGUACGAACACCGCCUCAUUGACGACAUGGUCGCCCAGAUGAUCAAGAGCAGCGGUGGCUACGUCAUGGCCCUGAAGAACUACGACGGCGAUGUCCAGUCCGACGUCGUUGCUCAGGGCUUUGGCUCCCUCGGCCUGAUGACCUCGGUCCUCAUUACCCCCGACGGCAAGACCUUCGAGUCUGAGGCCGCUCACGGCACCGUCACCCGCCACUACCGCGAGUACCAGAAGGGCAAGGAGACCUCGACCAACCCUAUUGCCUCCAUCUUCGCCUGGACCCGCGGUCUCGUCCAGCGCGGCAAGCUCGACGGCACCCCCGAAGUCGUCGCCUUCGCCGAGGCCCUCGAGCAGGCCUGCAUUGACACCGUCGACAUCGACGGUAUCAUGACCAAGGAUCUGGCUCUCGCCUGUGGCAAGACUGCCCGCGAGGACUACGUCACCACCCGCGAGUACAUGGAUGCUGUCGACAAGCGGCUGCGUAAGAGCCUGCAGGAGAAGCUCCAGAAGCUUUAA